AUGACCACAUCGGGGAGCACUACGACGCCUCAUGCGACCCCGCCACGCUCAUCGCCGAACAACUCGGACCCGACCUCGACAUCGAGCAAGAUGAAGCCGACCACAACCUCAGCAUCGUCAGCAUCCACAUCAUCAUCGUCAGCACCACCCGGAGCCGGAGUGGCGGUAGGAACACAAGCUACGGGCUCCGGUGGGGGCCGCCGGGACGAGAUCAAGCCGUUGCCUCAGGGCGCUGCUUGCACCGCCUGUCGCAAAAAGAAGCUGGUAUGUGUUUGUACUCUACUCGGUAUGGGUUUGAACGUCAGCUCACCCAUGCACUUCGUCCUUCAACAGAGGUGCGAUGGCUCGAGGCCCAAGUGCCAGACCUGUGUGCGACUCGGGCAUGACUGCGUAUAUGGAGGUGAGUGCCCGCUUUGAGAGAGGCAAUCCUGAAGUCGAAAUGGACAUAGCGAACCCUGACACUUGUAUUGGAUAGACCCGGUGCACGAGAAACUGCAAGAACGAACACGAGAACUCGAGGCCAAAGUUCGUAAGUCGGCGAGUGAUUUUGCCGGGAUCUGGCUGGCCCUCACUCCGAUCCAACGAGGACCGCGGUGAACGACUGAUUCUGACCCCAACACAUCUCGACAAUCCCAUCCAGAAUCACUUGAGGAGGAACUGUCUCGAUACCGACUGUCACACGGCCCCACACCUGACCCGAUCUCAUCCUCGGGGAAUUCGCUCUACUCCAAGCCGGCCUCGGCGCAGAUCUUUUCUCACGGCUCCUCGCCGGCGUCGUUCGAUGAGCCCGAGAAUAAACCAUUCGUCUUUCGACCCGGGGCAGGGGUUGCGGGUCCAAAUGCUGCUGUAGGACUCAACGGCUCGCACCUGCAGUCGUUUCCUUACAGUGUCACCCAUCCUCAGAGUCCUCAGCUCGCGAACCUUAGGAACUCGCCGCUGGACGCGGCCCAAAAUGCGACGCUCCUACCGGCCCAUCCUCUGGCCGCAUCUGCGUCGAGCGCUCAUCCAAAUUCCGCUCUCGGCGAAGCGACUCUUGGACUGUACCCACCCGAGCCGGCUCCUCCCUCCACAACCCCUUUGCUUGGUCUCGAAACUGCCAACUUGGAGGGGGAAUAUUACAACGAGUCGGAUUGGACCGCGCAUGGCCACCAGACGCAAACCCCGGGUCAGAGCCAGACGCAGGGCAUGGGUCUGCAGCGAGUGUGGGGUGCUCGGCUGCCCGACGUUGAGUUGAUGCUCGAUUUGUGAGCUCUCUUCGCUUGGCAGGGUCUCCUCCCAAGUUUUUUGUGAUGUACCUGCAGCUGACUCUGUCAGCGAUUACCCACCACCUUCAAAGGACCGACAUUUAUUUUUCUACGACCCACAUCCACCUGCCCUUCUUGUACCGACCACGGUUUCUGUAUUCGCUCCAGAACCCCCAUUCGCUCGCCUCUCCCCCUUCGCUCUCCCUCAUCUUUGCCGUCCUCGCGAUCGCAGCUCCCUAUCACGACCACGAGGCCGUUCGAACUCAAUCGCGGUCGUUCUACCUCUUAGCACGCGAAAAGAUCGAGACAUCGAUUGCGAUUGGUGUCCAACCGACCGGCAAGACGAUCGCCUCGUUGACGGUGGAGACCGUGCAAGCGUUGUGCAUCUGUACGAUGAUCGAGAUGGGGUGCUCAGACCACCAAAGGGCCUUCUUGUCGAUCGGCCAGGCCGUCCGGAUUAGUGCCAUGUUGGGGUUGCACAGGAUGGAUGAGGAUCGGCUGGCGGGGCUGACGGGGCAAACAUCGAGUCGGCGCUUGCGCCCACCGGCACUGCACCAACUACCGGACGACCCGCUGAUGUUGGAAGAAUGCCGGCGCACGAUGGCGACCGUGCUCUGCGUCGAUCGACUCGAGUCGGCAUGCGUCGGUUGGCCAACCGCCCUGGCCGAACACGAUGUGCGGUUACUACUGCCCUGUGAUGAGCUGCUGUUCGAAAGCGGGCGGUGUCAGGAAGGCGAUAACCCGAUCUGGUGGCCUGAGAACGGUCAGAAUUCGGAUGUGGGCCCGAGGUUGGGCACUUUUGCUUGGUUCUCUCGAGUUGGUGAGUACACUUCAGUGGGGCUGUGUGUUCCCUUCGUUUGAUAUUUACGUGUACGCUUCUUGUCGCAGUCUGGAUCGGUGCUCGAAUCCAGUCGAACGCGUACGGCUCUGUGGGUCAACCUGCCGGAGGACCUUAUCACACCCGGGCUGCGGGGCUCGACGAUCUCCGGGCGCUCCAAGAGAUGGACCACGUUCUCGAGUCGUUCCGCCACAAGCUACACUGGCUUGCGAACGAACCUUCGCAGAAGAGCAAGGGGUUCAACGCGGCGUUGAUUCAGAUCCUGAUUGUGCUCAAUUGGUAGGCACAACUUGUGAAUGAUCUUUGGACUGUACUGGAAUUACUGCUGAUUGUCUCGUACCCCACAGCAACUUUAUUAAUGCGCAUCACCUUCUUGUGGCUCAAGGGCACGCAAAUCCGUCGUACCCAAGUCAACUUGCGGGGACACUUGGCACGGCCGAGUACUCGAUGCAGCGCUGCAUCGAAGGAAUGGGUGCUUUGUACGAGGUGAGUAUUUCGCGCGUCUCGUGCGAUCGUGCGAAGGAACGUGGAACUUGAUUGCUGAUUUUGUACUCCAUUUCAGAUCCUCUCCCAAGCUGCGAUGUACGAGAACUUGAGGACGACGCUCGAGCGGUCGAGGAUCACGACGUUUUCGUCGUUUCUGCCUUGUCAGUCUUUUCUGAUCUCGUUCAUUCUACCACCACCUCCGCUGACUAUUAACCAACUGUUCGUGCUCGGUAUUAGACACGUCGUACGCUAUAGCGUUCCCGGCCAAAUUUGCUAUCGGUGACUGGUCAACUUUGGGUGAGUCAGCAGUCGUAAUCUGCAUCGGUUUCGGAACCUUACUGAUGCGUGGUUGCCUCUCUGCAGUCGCCGCUCGAAACCGAACUGAAAAUGUUCCCGGUCGGGUCAGCACCGGCCCUACCGGCCCCGUCUUGCCUCAAUCCGACGUUCUGUUCGGCGUGGGCUUUGACGACAGUAAGUGCAAUUCGCAUCAAUCGCCUUUCUCCCCUGCUCGUUCCAUAAGCUCACUUCCUCACUUCCCUUUAACCAGAACGCCUCGCCUUUGUCGACUGCUUCUGCGACGCGCUCGACCGUAUGGGUCUCGUAUGGGCCAUCAGCUCCAAAUUCUCCAGCAUGGUCCGAGGAGAUCGGGCCAGAUUGGCCGUAAGGGUCUUUGAGAGGGCCAGUCAGAGCCCUCAUUCGCAAGGCUCGACUGUUGGAGCGACGCCUGGUGCGACGGGGACGGGGACGACGGCGUAUUGA